AUGGGCCAAGGGCCGGGUGGUGGUAAUGUUGACUUGGAUAGCAUCGACGGAGGCCCGCUGGGCUUGAAUGUCAGGGUCGAAGAUCCUCCGAAAUUCGAACUGGAAUCAUACAUCGCGAACUAUACUGGCCGGACCAGGUACAAUCGACUAUAUGUCAUCGGUACAUGUUCGACCUAUCUAGCCGUCGAGGCACUCAAAGCCGCAAUUGCCGAAGCCAAAAGUGGCAAAGAUGUCACCAGAUACGAACGAGCAGCGCGGGCUCUUGCAGAGGUGGCGCCAAAUGAUCCCGAGGCUACACUUGACACGCACUGGGUGGACCACAUGCAAAAAGUCGUCAAGGCUGAAACAGACAGGUUAGAGCAUGAACUCAAGGGCUACAAGAACAACUUGAUUAAAGAAAGCAUACGGAUGGGCAAUGAAGAUUUGGGCCAGCACUAUUACCUCAUCGGCGAUCUUACGUCGGCAUCAAAGGCAUAUUCUCGCAUGCGGGAUUACUGCACGACCCCGACGCAUAUCGUUUCGAUGCUUUUCAAGAUCAUCACCGUGGCGAUCGAGCGAGGCGACUGGUUGAGCGUGCAGUCCAACGUUCACCGAUUACGCAACCUGCAAUCAAAACAGGACGAACAGUCCAAGGUGCAGCCGAAGCUGUCCACCGCGUUGGGCCUCUCUCAGCUGCACUCGGGGGCUUACCUGGAUGCAGCCAACAGUUUCCUCAGCACAGACCCGGGCCUCGGCGACUCGUACACCGAGGUGCUCACCUCCAACGACGUGGCCGUGUACGGCGGGCUCUGCGCGUUGGCGUCGAUGGAUCGCCACGAGCUCCAGCGCCGCGUCCUCGACAACAACUCCUUCCGCAACUUCCUCGAGCUGGAGCCCCAGAUCCGCCGCGCCAUCGCCUUCUUCUGUAACUCCAAAUUCCGCUCCUGCCUGGAGAUCCUCGAGGCCUACAAGGCGGAUUACCUGCUCGACAUCCACCUGCAACGCCACGUGCACACCCUCUUCACUCGCAUCCGCACCAAGUCCAUCCAGCAAUACCUCAUCCCGUUCAACCGCGUCACCCUGGAUUCCAUGUCGAAGAUGUUCGCCCCCGGAACCCUGACCGGAGCCGAUGCCCGCAGCGGCGGCCAGCAGCAGGCCGACCCGGACACGGACCUCACCUCGCCUUUCGUGCAGGAGCUGGUAGCGCUGAUCCAGGACGGCACGCUGGACGCCCGCAUCGAUCUGGAGAAGAAGGUGCUGGUCGCCAAUCAGGUCGACCUCCGAACCGAGUUGCAGGAAACCGUUCUCGAUGAUCUAGAGGAUUACCUGCGCGAGGCGCACAUCCGCUUGUUGCGCACCAACAUCAUUCGGGCUGGGUUGGAGGUCCGGGCUGACGACAAGCCCAGGGAAAUGCGUGGUAAGAGGUCCGACGGGUUUGGAUCCGCCACCUUGUCCCGGGGCGCGGGGUUGUUCCAAUGA